AUGGGCGGGGAAGAGAAAGAGAAGGAACGCCGAGCAAAGGCUUGCACACUAGACCUACUCAAUCCUCAAUCGUGGAUAAGAAUGGUAAUUGAUCGAAUAAGGGUUUCUAUCGUGGGCUUGAAGGUAGCUUUAAGGGCAGCGGUGGUGGUGGGUUUGCGGGAAGAAGAAGAACAAGCAGCAGAGCGAUAG